AUGAUGGAGCAGCUCGACCGCUUCGGACUUUACCUCAACCAGCCUGAGCCAGCGAUCCUAUGCAUUCAAUGCAAGUUCGCCCUCAAGGCCGAUGGAGACCGUAUCUCGCGGCACCUCGGAGAGUGGCAUGGUAUCUCCAAGCUGGCUCGUCGAGGGCUUGGCCCAUUCAUCCGAGCUCUUCGCCUUCCAGACCCAAAGACACUGCCAGUGCGGCCGGAUGGCUCUUCACCCCACCCUCACCUCCGCAUCCAGCAGGGCGCCGCCUGCAGGCAUUGUGGGCUCCAAUCGACUAGUCUCGAGGUUCUCUCUCGGCACCUAAAGGAAGUCCACCCCCAGGAAAUCCAGCAUAGCAGAGGACGCGGCUUCCCUGAGAGCCACUGGCUGCAGGACCAUAUCCUAGAUCGACUUAGCUUCCAGGCCUGGACCGCGAGCAACAUUGAGCGGUCCUGGACGGUUCAUCUUUACCGCGUUCAGCCCCAGGGACCACACACCUCUUAG